AUGGGUCUCAGGUUAAGUGGAGAUCAAGAGGGACAGCUACCUGGCACCCGACCGAUCGCCUAUCCCGGUGAAGACACCCGACCGACAUCCCGAAAGGAACUGCUCGGAUUCUACACGUACUCGUUUGCUGCCGAAGUCUUCGUCGUCUGCGGUCUCGGCGCAUUUAUCCCCAUUACUUUGGAAUCGUUGGCUCGGGCGAGUCCUUCAGCAGUACUCGCCAACGACCGGACGAAGCCAUGUCUCGGCGGAAGCAACACCGCCGAUGGUGCAGCGCGGCUCAUGUUUCCGCGAUCAUCGGACAGUGGAGCGCCUGCACAGUGCGUGUUCGACCUCUUUGGCUCUGAGAUCAACACGGCAAGUUUCGCCAUGUACACCUUUUCGAUUUCGGUGGCGAUCCAGGCGUUGAUUGUGGUCACCAUGUCUGGUGCUGCGGAUCAUGGCCGCUACCGAAAAGCACUUUUACUCACAUUCGCACUGGUUGGAUCCCUGGCGACCAUAUCGUUCAUUGCCAUCACUCCAGACGUAUUUGUGCUCGGGAGCCUGCUGGCGAUGAUAGGAAAUGUCGGCUUCGGCGCCAGCUUUGUGCUAUUGAACUCGUUCUUGCCGGUCCUGGUCCGGAAUCAUCCGGCAGCUGCUGUCGAUGCGCAAGCUUCUGUCUACGAAAGUGUCCCCACAUCGGAGGAAGACGUCUAUCCCUCACCAAUUGAAGACGAGCAACGCCGCUCCGCCGAGUCUCCCCUGGCCGAACGUUCCGAGCUCGAAUCCGCUCUGCUGCCUCCCGUCGAGCAACUCACUCCUUAUCCCUCCUCACCGGCCGCUCCUUCAAGCGCUCUAGGACUGUCGACCAAAAUUUCCUCGUACGGCGUCAGCGUCGGUUACGCCGCAGCCGUGAUCGUCCAAAUCCUCUCCUUGAUCAUCCUCAGCACGACCGGCUCCACAAUCUUCUCCCUCCGCCUGGUCCUCUUCACCAUCGGUCUCUGGUGGCUGACCUUCACCAUUCCCGUGGUCUUCUGGCUCCGACCACGACCCGGCCCACCGCUCUCACGACAAGGCGGCACCUGGCUCGGCUACCUCACCCACUCCUGGCUCAAGCUCGGGCGGACGAUGCUACGUGCCCGCCGCCUCCAGGACGUCCUGCUCUUCCUCGCCGCAUGGUUCAUGAUCUCCGACGCCAUCGCCACCGUCUCCGGCGUAGCAAUCCUCUUCGCCAAGACCACCCUCGGCAUGUCCCCCGCGCAGCUUGCGCUGAUCAACAUCAUCACUACCGUCGCGGGAAUCAUCGGCGCGCUGACCUGGAGCCAGCUCAGUCGCGCCCUCGCGUUGAAACCCAGCCAGACCAUCAUCGCGUGCAUUGCGCUGUUCGAGCUCAUCCCGAUCUACGGCUUGUUGGGGUACAUCCCUGCGAUCCAACGGCUCGGCGUGAUCGGUCUGCAGAAAGCCUGGGAGAUGUACCCUUUGGCGGCCGUGUACGGACUGGUUUUAGGCGGGCUGUCGAGCUACUGCCGGAGCCUCUUCGGCGAGUUGAUCCCACCUGGCAGCGAGGCGGCAUUCUUCGCGCUAUUCGCCAUCACCGACAAGGGCAGUAGUAUUUUUGGCCCGGCGAUCGUCGGCGCCAUCACGGAUGCGACGGGCGACAUCCGCCCGGCGUUUUGGUUUUUGGCGGUGCUGAUCGGCUUGCCGAUUCCGUUGAUGUGUUUUGUGAACGUGGAGCGGGGAAAGCGGGAGGGCGCGGCUCUCGCGAGGGAAUCUAUCGUCCAGGGCGACGAAGGGGCGGGUGGUGAGGCGCUGGAGGCGACGAGGUGA